AUGCCACUUAGUAGCGUGUCCUUUCAGAGCGCUCGCGUGACAUCACCGUUCUGGGCCAAGUUUCAGCGAUGUGUCCGCGAGUCCACGGUGCCUUCUAUCAUCAAGGCGCAAAAGACCGAGGGUCACUGGGAUUGCCUUACAUGGGAAGAAGGCCACCAACCGCAGCCCCACGAUAUGUUGCGCGUUGUGGAGGAGACUGUCGACAUGAUUCGCAAUGCCCAGCAUCCGGACGGCUAUAUCAACUCUUUCUACACAGUCCGUGGCCUCGAGAAUCGCUGGUCCAACCUGCGCGACCUCCACGAGCUCUACUGCCUUGGGCAUCUAUACGAGGCGACUGUAGCCUACGAGACUCUCACCAAAAGCGGACGCCUUCUGGAAGUGGCUACUAAAUCGAUGCAUCACAUCGAUUCGGUCUUUGGCCGCGAGGAGGGCAAAAAGCGCGGAUAUCCCGGCCACCAGGAGAUCGAGCUAGGGUUGCUUCGCCUUUACGAUAUGACGGAUGACCCCUUGGCCCUGAAGCUCGCCAAGUACUUCAUCCUGGAGCGUGGCACAUCAGACGAUAAGGGCGAGACAUAUUUUGACCACGAAGCCUUUGCACGCGGUGCCGAUCCGUAUGACGGUCUGGGCAGCGAGGUUAAAGGCUGGUUUCAUGGUCCUAGAGAUUAUGCCUACAACCAGGCUGACCGACCCAUACGCGAGCAGACUGAGAUAAAGGGACAUGCCGUGCGCGCCAUGUACUAUUACACUGCCGUCACGGACCUCAUUCGCCUCGAGGCCGCGUCGGAUCCUGAAGUGGCCGAGUGCAAGCAGGCGCUUCAGCGGCUGUGGAGGAACAUGGUAGACUGCAAAAUGUACGUUACGGGCGCCAUUGGCUCGUACCGCCAGAACGAGGGCUUCGGGGAAGCCUUCAUCCUCAACGACCUAGAGAUGGAAGGGUGCUACGGCGAGACUUGCGCAGCUUUUGCUCUCAUUAUGUGGUGUCAGCGAAUGCUCCAGAUGGAGCUCAAAUCAGAGUACGCGGAUGUCAUGGAGAACUGCUUGUACAACGGCUUUCUCGGCGCCAUCAGCUCUGACGGCGAGGCCUUCUACUACCAGAACGUCCUACGAACCAAGACCGGACAGUCCAAGGAUCGUGAGCGCUGGUUCGGCGUCGCCUGCUGCCCACCCAACGUAGCUAAGCUAGUUGGAUCGCUGGGUUCACUCCUCUACUCGACCGAUGAUGCUGGGGGCCUUGUGGCCGUUCACAUGUACGUUCAGAGUGAGGUAGAACUGACGCUGGCAGGCAAAGGGGUCAAGCUAUCCGUCAUAACCGAGAUGCCCUGGUCCGGCGAGGUCACUAUCCGCAUGGAUGGUGCCGCCAGUCUCGCAUUGCGGAUUCCUGACUGGGUGCAGGACCAAGGGUACACAUGCUCUGAGCAAGGCGAGCUCAAUCAGGGGUAUCUACACAUCACCAACGUCCUCGCAGACACCGAAAUACGCCUCUCACUUCCAACACCGGCUCACCGGCUGUAUGCGCACCCUAAGACGGGCAAAGACGCCGUCUGCCUCCGUCGGGGCCCGUUCGUGUACUGUCUGGAGGAUGUAGACAACGAGGCCGUUGACAUUGACUACAUCGCCCUGGAAGAUGAGCAAGCACCCCAGGAGGGAUCGCCUGUGUCUGUUGCGACCACUCAUAACGUCGUUCCCCUCCAGGUCACAGGCCGAAAGCUAGCCCAGGUGGGCGUUGUCACGGGCGAGCCGAGUCGGCUUUACGGUUCUAAGGCGUGGGAAUACGACCACGAGCCACUGCAGUUGACAGCUAUUCCUUAUUUUCUACGCGCCAAUCGUGGAGGCAACGGCGCCAUGAGAGUCUGGACGCCAAGGCUCAAGGUGAGGUAG